CCACUCGCGCAAUUGAUCUACAGAAGAUCGUUGAGAGCGCCGCCUUAGAAAAUCUCCCUAGACAAAAGAUGGCGCCCGCAGCAGCAGCAUCACCUGCUGCCCAACCGACACCCCCGUCCCUCUCCCUCCCACCCUCUCAAUUCGCCCGUCUUCAACCUCACGCCUACCUCCUCGCCCAUCUAUCCCCUCCUGCCACAAGCAAUCACCCCUCUAUUCGCGCCAAUGGCCGUUCUCCUACACAAUUUCGCGUCACGUCCGCAAACACCGGCUCUCUCACCCACACAAACGGUAGCGCCGUCGUCAGGGUCGGCGAAACAGCCGCCGUAUGCGGCGUGCGGGCCGAGCUCCUUCACACAGCAGAUAUCGCGUCAUGGAGCGUGACACAACCGUCCACCGGCUCAGGCAACAAGCGGCGGAAACUGGUCGAUCCCACCCUGAAAGCGAGCGAAACCGUCGGCGACGGCGAUGACGAAGAAUCAUACGACGAGGACGAAUCACACAUCGAAGACCUCAACCUCCUCGUCCCCAACCUCUCCCUCAGCACCGGAUGCGCCCCAGGCUUUAUCCCCGGCGCUCCGCCCUCGGCAUUAGCGCAGUCGCUAUCCCAGCAGAUCCUGUCCCUGCUCCACAGCACGCGGUUAGUCCGCGCAGACGACCUGCGCAUCUGGUAUCAGCCUCCGAAUCUGGGCGCGGAGGACCUGGAGCGCCAUAAUGAGUCCGAGCAGAUGGACGUGGAUGCCGAAGCCGAGGGCGAGAAGAACCGCGAGAUCAAGGCCUUCUGGGUCCUCUACAUCGAUGUCAUGAUCAUCUCGCUGGCAGGGAACCCGUUUGAUGCGGCCUGGGCGUCCGUCCUGGCUGCUCUCAGGGACACUAAGCUCCCGAAGGCGUGGUGGGACAUUGACAACGAGACCGUCGUGUGCUCGGACGCUGUGUCUGAUGCGCGUAAGCUCUCCUUGCGGGGGAUGCCUGUCGCGAGCUCUUUCUGUGUUUUUGAGGCUGAUGCCGCUGCGGGGUGGAGGGCUGUUAUCCUUCCCGACGCGGAAGAGGAGAGGAAGAUCGCGGAGGAUAAUAGAAGGGGAGCCCAGAGACGGUGGAUUCUGACUGAUCCUGAUGGAUACGAGGAGGGGCUGAGUCAAGAAAGGGCGUGUAUUGUGGUUGACAAGGAACAGGGAGGAAAUGGCAAGACCGUCGUUGUGAAGAUGGAAAAGAAUGGUGGGUGGGCGAUCGAUGGUAGGGAACUGAGACAGCUGGUGGAUGUCUCCUCACAAAGAUGGAACCAUGUACGGCAGAUAUUGGAGCAAUGUUGAUAGAAAAUUCCAUCCUGUUGAACAAUGCGA